UUGAAAAGGCUUUAACUUUGUAUACGUUAUCAAUCUAAACAACGAUGCAACUUUCCUGGAAGGACAUUCCUACUGUGCCAACGUCCAACGAUAUGUUGGACAUUGUGCUUAACCGUACCCAACGUAAGACUCCAACUGUUAUUCGUCCAGGUUUUAAGAUCACGCGUAUUCGUGCCUUUUACAUGCGUAAGGUUAAGUUUACCGCUGAUGGAUUUGCUGAAAAGUUCACCGACUUGAUUGGAGGAUUCCCAAACAUCAACGAUGUCCACCCAUUCCAUCGUGAUUUGAUGGAUACUUUAUAUGAAAAGAAUCAUUAUAAAGUUUCUCUUGCAGCUGUUUCAAGAGCAAAGACUUUAAUUGAACAAGUCAGUAGAGAUUAUGUUAGAUUAUUGAAGUUUGGUCAAUCUUUAUACCAAUGUAAGCAAUUGAAGAGAGCUGCCUUGGGUAGAAUGGCCACCAUUGUCAAGAAAUUGAAAGAUCCAUUUGUUUAUUUGGAACAAGUUAGACAACAUUUAGGUAGAUUGCCAAGUAUCGAUCCAAACACCAGAACUUUGUUGAUUUGUGGAUACCCUAACGUUGGUAAGUCUUCCUUCUUGAAGUGUAUCACCAAGGCUGACGUUGAAGUUCAACCAUAUGCUUUUACCACCAAAUCUUUAUAUGUGGGGCAUUUCGAUUAUAAAUAUUUGAGAUUUCAAGCAAUUGAUACUCCAGGUAUUUUAGAUAGACCUACUGAAGAAAUGAAUAACAUUGAAAUGCAAUCCAUUUAUGCUAUUGCUCAUUUAAGAUCUUGUGUUUUAUAUUUCAUGGAUUUGAGUGAACAGUGUGGUUUCAGUAUUGAAGCUCAAGUAAAACUUUUCCAUUCUAUAAAGCCAUUAUUUGCCAAUAAGAGUGUAAUGGUUGUGAUGAACAAGACUGAUAUUUUAAGACCUGAAGAUUUAAGUGAGGAAAAGCAAGAACUCUUGAAGAGUAUUCAAACUGUUCCAGGUGUUGAAGUUAUGAGUGCUAGUUGUGUUGAAGAAGAUAACGUUAUGCAAGUUCGUAACCAAGCAUGUGAAAAGUUAUUGACUGCUAGAAUUGAACAAAAGUUGAAGGGUAGUGCUAGAGUUAGUAACGUUUUGAACAAGAUUCAUGUUGCUAAGCCACAAUCUAGAGAUGAUGUUGAAAGAGCUGCAUUUAUUCCAGAAGGUGCUAAGGCUUUGAAGAAAUACGAUGCUGAAGAUCCAGAAAGAAGACGUCUUGCCCGUGACAUUGAAUUUGAAAACGGUGGUGCUGGUGUCUUUAAUAUUAACUUGAAAGAUAAAUAUCUUCUUGAAGAUGAAGAAUGGAAGAAUGAUGUUAUGCCAGAAGUUUUGGAUGGUAAGAAUGUUUAUGAUUACUUGGAUGCUGACAUUGCUGCCAAGUUGCAAGCUUUGGAAGACGAAGAAGAACGUUUGGAAGCUGAAGGUUUCUACGAAAGUGAUUCCGAUGGUAUGGAAGAUGAUGAAAUUGUUGACAUCAAAGAAAAGGCCUCUUGGAUUAGAGACAAGCAAAAGAAGAUGAUCAAUGACUCUAGACAUAGAAAGGCAUUGAAGAAUAGAGCUGUCAUGCCAAGAGAUCAAGUGAAGAAGCUGUUCGGUGAAAUGGAAGAACAUAUGUUGAGUUUGGGUCACGAUACCACUUCAUUGAAGGGUCGUGCUGCUGCUUCUAAGAAGGAACUCAGUGGUGUUGAUAUUCUUAAGCGUAACCAAGGCUUGACCACCAACAAGAAGAAGGCUCCAGUUGCUCAAACUGAUCGUCUUAACGAUGGUGUUAACGAUGGUGCCUUGCGUUCGCAAGCCGAAAGAUUGGCCAAGAUCCAAAGAAGAGAAAGAAACAGAAUGGCCAGACAAGGUGAAGGUGAUCGUCAUUCCACCGCCAUGUUGCCUAAGCAUUUGUUCUCCGGUAAGCGUGGUAUUGGUUCCAACGACAGAAGAUAGGGGAGAUGGGAGUUUUGCACUUUUUUAUUUAGUAAUUACAUUAGUAUCAUUUUGAAAAAUAUUUUGUAGAG